GAUUAUAUGCAGAAUGUUAGAUAUUGAGUGGGUGUAUUUUGGUAAAAUGUGUGAUAUAAAGUGGUUUUGUUUUGUGUUAAGUUGAAGUUUAAUUUAUUUUAGACAUGUAUAACUUUUAGUUUACUCAGAGACAUAAAGUUUGUUUAGAAUAGUAACAGCGUCUGCAAGCCACACUCAAUCGAGGCUGAUGCCUUCUCUGGCCUUUUACCCUCAUCAAAAGCCCACUUUCAGUAGGGCUGGUGAUUCAGGGCUUGGCCUGUAUGUGUGUUCGUCAUGGUGUCUACUCAAGGAGAGAUUAGAAUUGGACCGUCUCAUCAGGCACGUCUCCCAGAAUAUCGCACCACAGUAAGCAGUGCAGGUGAUCCGGAGUUGAGCAAAGAACGAGAGGAGCUAAGAUGGCUGCCGGCCAUGGCACUAGACGGAGACCUGCUCAUGUACUUGCGCGCAGCUCGAUCUAUGGCUGCGUUUGCGGGCAUGUGUGACGGCGGGUCUGCGGACGACGGCUGUGUGGCCGCCAGCAGAGACGAUACCACCAUCAACGCUCUUGAUGUUCUUCACGAUUCAGGUUACGACCCAGGAAAAGCUUUACAAGCACUAGUCAAGUGUCCUGUUCCCAAAGGAAUUGAUAAAAAGUGGUGCGAAGAAGAAACGAAACGCUUUGUGAAAGGAUUACGGCAGUUCGGCAAGAACUUCUUUCGGAUUCGAAAAGACCUGCUGCCUCACAAAGACACUUCAGAGUUAGUGGAGUUCUACUACCUGUGGAAAAAGACUCCCGGUGCUACCAACAACCGGCCGCACCGGCGCAGACGCCAAGGUUCUCUCCGGCGCAACCGGAACACACGUCAGACCCGCGGCGGUACACCUCAUAAUAACAGUCCCUCAUCUCAGGACACAAACGCUACCGGUGGAUCCAGACCCUCACCUAAUCCAAAGGAGCAAGGAGAAGGCAGCUCGGGUAGUGAAGAGGAGAAUUCAGAAGACGAUUCAGACUCCAGAGAUCAAAGCAUUAACCGCUGCCAGCACUGCUUCGCCACCAGUUCAAGGGAGCUGGCCGUCUGUGGCCCCAAAAACCCUACCCUGGUGUGUGAGCAGUGUCGCCAACACUAUACAAAGAACGGAUCACUGCCCAAAGAACGGUCGGAUGCGCCUUACCUGUUCCGGCCCGUGCAGACAGACUCUCCCGACGGCUCUCCUGGCCGAAUGAGGACCCGCAACAAGGCUAAGGAAACUCCGACCAAGGGCACGGGCGCUUGUGGCAGACCCAAACGCAGCAGUGGCAGUAACACUCCGGACCCGGAGGUGGACAAGAAGUCCGGCGGCAGUAGCUCGGGACAGAGAAGCAACUCACCCGGCGGGGCUAAGAAACGGUUGUGUGUUGACAAAAUAAAAACGGAGUCAUCAAGUAAGCCUCGGAAGCGGCCUCCCACCGAGGCGGAGGGCGAGGAGGAGACAAAGCGCAAGAGAGAGCGACCAGACAGUCCCUCGGAGAGUGUGACCUCGGACAGCGGAUCUGUGGUGGACGAGAGUGAGACUACAGAGCCAGCUAACCUGGACUUGGGCGAGAGUAACCCUCCGUGUGAGACUGCGGCAGACGACAAUAUGCCAGCUGGCACAGUCAAGGAGGAGGAGGACGCGCCUCCACCACCCUCCCCACUCUCAGAAAACUCUCAACUACCUGUUUUCAAAGUGGAAGACUGCAACGUUGUAUUCAACGUGGGAGUGCCUAAGAAAGAGCCUUUGGAAACACCGGUUAGUGUCAAAGAAGAGCAAAACAGUGAGUGUAAUCCGACAACAGAAAAUCAGACAUUCAACCAACCCCAACCCCCUUCACCACCAGUGCCAGAAGAGGACGUGAAAAUUAAAAUUCCAGACAUUAAACCUAAAACAGACGACAAUUUCUUUUCAUUAUCGGUUCUCUCGGAUAGAGUCAUCGAUCCACCGGGAUCCGGGCCUCUGCCGAAAGCCUUUGAUGAGAUCCCGAUGCCUGGAAAAUUGAGUGUGAAACGAGAAGGGUUGUUCGAACCUGUGAAAACUGAGAGUGUGAUAGUUCCGAUGAUUGCGCCGGUAGAGAAUUUCGUGCCCAAGGAGGAGAUGAAUGACUCUCCUCCACCGCUUCAGACACCUGCAGAACAGCGGACAAUUACGACACAAUCACAGACUGUGACGAUUAAACCUGAGGCUAAUGAAGACUCCAUGUCAAAUGAGACAUCAGGACCCUCUGCAGCAGACCUCACAGCUCCCACUCUCUCACCCCUACCUUUGACUGCCUACGCACCCAACUCUCCGAGACAGCCUCCUCCGGACACUCAUCAUGAUGAUAAGUCUGGCAUUAUCGUCCCAGCAUUCUCUGUUGCUUCAGAAGAAAAACCGACUCUAAACAUACCGUCAGUCCCAUCCGGAUUGUCUGGCCCCAGCCCGUUCUCCUCCUUCUACCAUCCCCAUUUUCAUCCUCAUCAAGGGAAAAUGAACCCUUCGCCGCCUUCGUACUUGGGCUCUGGACCACAAAGUGAACCUCAAAACUUAAAAAUCAAACAAGAAGUUAUUCCUCCAGACUCAAUACAACCCUCUUCUGACCCCUUGCAGUCUCUCAAGGAAGUUAAAGUUCCUGGUUACUCCAGUUCAUCCUCAAUUUCUCAACCACUGAUGCCAACAUCAAUGCCACCAAAUUCCCAAGCAGAUCUGAAUACCACCUCACAGUCCUCUUCUCCCUUUCAAAGUGUUGGUCCCAGUGUGGAUAGUAUAAAGAAAGAGCCGGAAAGUUUCCAUCCGAUUCGAACUAAUACACCUAGCAAAAGUCCUUCUGUCAAGCCGAUAGAAACCACUCCCAUAGCUUCUCCCGCUCCUCGGUCUUCCUCCACUCACACCCCUCCUUUCCCCCCUCCACCUCCUCCGGUAUCACACAGUGCGACAAAUCUCAUCGCUCCGUCACCCACUUCAGGGAACCCUCCGAGUUCACUUCCUCAGCCGAUGCAUCCUUCACAGCAACCUUCCCCUCUGAGUAGAGUCUCCCCCGGCCAUCUAGCUCAUCCUCACGCCUUUGUUCCUGCCAUGCCUCAUCCCCAUCACGCUCUUAUUCACCACCCACUGUUUGCCGCCGCAGCAGCUCACGCGGCCGCAGUACACCACAGUCCGUAUCACCCGCAUCACCCCUACGGAUAUCCACCGUACCCCUUCUCCUAUGGACCCUACCCCAUCCCGCAGCCCGUGCCUCCUCCCCAGAAGAGGGACAGUCUCGAGACGACCAUGAUGACGUCUCAUCACUCCAGUGUGACUACCAGGUCCUUGAGGGAAGUAGAGACACGUGAGGAGAGCAAUCACCACACGACACAGGAGAUCACUCAGACUCAUCACCACUCUACGAGUCACCACUCCUCCGUACAUCACCAUGGGGGAGAGAAACAGCCUCUGACCAUCAGUCACUCCACCACCUCCAGCAGCUCUGCUAGUGUACAGCACAAGAUCAACUCUACCAAGAGAGGCACCAGCCCAGCCGCCACACAGUCGAGCUGUCACCUGUCGGCCACUCUUUCGCAGACGACGUCCUCCUCCUUGUCUACCAACCACCAACACUCACAUCACCAUCAGAGUGUGACAGGAGAGCGACUCAGUCCAGGGAUGGGCUCUUCUCCUCUCCAGCUAGGGUCCAGACCCGUGGCCGGAGGUGUCGGCUCCAAGCCUCACCCCCACAUGAUGGUACACCCUCAUCACCCUAUGUUGGCCCCCACCAGCUCACUGGAGGCUCUGCGAGCCCACGCUCAGGCUGCCGCUCAUGCUUCACAUCCAGGUGGAGGUAUGCUGGGACAUCCUGCGUUCCUGUCACCAGAAGGUGCUCGAGGUCCGGAGCCGGAGGUGAAGCCGGAGCCACUGACAGUGUCUGGUGAUGAGGGGGGAGGUGUGGAGGAGGAGGAGGCUCCUUCCCCCACUCAGCAGCCGCGAGGACCUUCGCCUGAACCUAAGAUUGAGGACUCUGAGUGCCACCGGAGCCAGUCUGCUAUAUUCUUAAGACACUGGAACAGAGGAGAUUACAACUCGUGUUGCCGCACUGACCUGACCUUUAAACCUGUGCCCGACACGAAGCUGGCUCGCAAACGGGAGGAGAGGAUCAGGAAACAGGCGGAGAAGGAGCGAGAAGAGAGGGAGAAGGCUCAAGCGAGAAAGAUAGCAACACCAGAAAAGCCUGAGGCAUCCAAGCCACCCUCUCGAGGACCUAUAGAGUCUAUCAGCUCCCCGUAUGACAGAUUCCCUCGUGGCGGCUACCCAGACACACCUGCACUGCGGCAGCUCAGUGAGUACGCCAGACCACAUGGAGGGUUCUCUCCAGUCACACUACAAAGAUCCGCAGCUCUAGGUCUGCCACCUCAGUGUAUUGAUCCAAUGCUACACUACCAGCUGAACUCUAUAAACUCUAUGUACGGCCCGGCCGCCAGGGACAGGUAUCCUGGCCUGGGUCCCGGAGGUCUACACCAGUUCAGCUUGUAUCCUGGUCCUGGAGGCCCCAGUCAGGCUGCUGCUCUGUCUCAACUGGAGAGGGAAAGGAUGGAGAGAUUAGAAAGAGAACACCAGAAACACCAAGUGUACAACCCUUACACAUACGCAGGUAUCCCAGCGCCAGGGCCGAGUGGCAAUGCACCUCCCCCCGGCGGACCUCCUCAGCAGCAGCAGCAGCAACCCUCCUCGGCUCUAGACGCUGAGAGGCUCACACUCACCACCGACCCCAUGGUCAGGCUGCAGAUGGCUGGGAUAUCUCCGGAGUACCAUGCACACACCCAUGCGCACACACACGCUCACUCUCACACACACCUACACCUCCAUCCUGGACAACAGGCGGGGGGCAAUCCUUCAGCUCCGGCCCCGCCUGACCCCGGCACUGCCUUUCCUCUACCAGCGACGGGCAGUGGAGGUUAUCCGCGGCCCAGCCUCUUGCCACCCCGCGAGGCUGCCCUAGCCCUCCACCAUCCCUCUGAGCUACUGGCUCGCCCCUACGCAGACCAGCUUGCACAUCAGGCUGCGGCUCACGAGCACUUGCAGCGACAGAUGUUGUUGGAGAGAGAGAGGUUCCCGCAUCCGUCACUGGUCGCUCAUCAUGAGGAGUAUUUACGGUACAGUGUACACUAUUGGAAUACAAUACAACAAAGGGAGAGAGAGCUGAAGGUGAGAGCUUUAGAAGAGGCAGCCAGAGGCUCCAGACCCUAGACGUACGACACUGUCAUCCAGAUGAGGAUUGAUGUGAUGAGGUUAAGCUUCAAAGCACUGUGUGCCGAAGUUCUCCAGCAAAUUUCUGAUUUAAGUGGACGUUUUGACCAAUUAAAAUGCUUCUUACGUUUUGAUUAAGCAUAACUUUCAAACAAGUUUAUUUGAGCGCUUUGUGUAAUAAUGUUGUUCAUUUCUAUUGUGAUAUUAAAUUUUUGUGUUCCUGUUUCUUUUGGUUCAAGGAAAUACUUUAGUAGUUGUAACAAGAAACGUACAAACUGCCCUUAGGUGCUGUAGUGUUUCGUUGUACAUAUUGCAUGUAUAUACUGUUUUGUAAUAUUAUAAAUGAUAUAUUUAUAUACUUUUCAUAUGUCUAUAACGUUUAAAGAUUGUGAAUGGUUUUGGAUUCUAUAUUUUGUCUGAUGCUUGUUUAAACAGUUUAGAAUUGUCUUGUGGUUUUGAAAGUGAUUAUUGUUUUUAAAAUUUGUUGAAUCCUUAAAAUUCUUUUGUUAAUUAAUUGUUGUAAACAAUAAAUAAAUAAAUAUAAUUUCUGAUUGUUGAAAAACUAAACAUGUUUAUAUGAAGGAUGGGCAUUACAGUUAGACUAUUAUGAACUUAAAAACAUAAAAUGAAAAUGUUUAUUUAAUGUAAUAUAAUCGCUAGGUUUGCUUCUUAUUUACAUAUGAAUGUUAAAGGAAAUCAUGAGUAGACAAUUCAUUUUAUUUUCGGUCUAUUGUUAGUUAAGUCUUCAUUUAAUGAAUUUGAAAAUUUAAAAAAGCAAGAAAAGUAAAGCAAAGUGUAUUAAUUUUAAAGAUUCCUGAAGAUUUGCAACAACAAUAAAAAUAUUGAUAUUUCUCACUAUUGGUUACUUAUUUAUUUUUUACAAACAUUUACAUUCAAGGUAUUUUUGUUCAAUCCCUUAAAAAAAAGAUUAAAAAUCUAUAAAGUUCUUCUCAAUUAUCCUGUACAUAAAAAAAAUGUAUUAUAAAGUGUAUUUGUUCAAGUACUCAGUACUUUUUAAUUGUUGUACCUCUCAAAUGGUUUCUUGUUUUAUUUAUCAAUUUGUUUUUCAUUCUUUUUUAGUUUAAAUUGACAUGUAAUAUCCAAGAAUAUUAUCCAAAGAUGUAGUUAAUUCGCUCAGUACUUGUCAGGGUCUCCACUCAAACAUGAAAAUUGUAAAACCUUGAAUGAUCCAUGAGGUUUUUCGGCUGUAGCCUAAAACAAAACGGAAUAAGCCAAGAGUUUUGUGGUAGGGUAAACCUUAAAUUGAGGAUGGGGGAUCCUUGAUCAUCCAUAAUUUUUUACACCGACAGUAUCGUCUUUGUGACUUCAGAUUCACAGUGAAAUAAUUUAACUUGACCACCGUGACACGAUGUAAUUAAUGAUAACCUGGCCCCACAAUGGCGAUGGCAUCAGAAUUUUUUACUUACCUAAACUUAUGAUACAGCUUUUGCAAUCUCUCGAUUCCCGCCUCGAAAAAGCCAAAAUUAAUUAAAUCCCAUAAAAUGGGAUUGGAGAUUUCUUCUGUUGGAUAUUCAACAUCCUGACUUGCAAACUGAAAAAAAACCACUGCAAUUUUCAUUGGUGUUCUACUUGUUUUCUUUCAUAGCAGGCUUGAAUAUCUCAGUGCUUUGGAAUAAAAGAAGGAUGGAAAAAGUAGAGAAUAGAAUCCCUACUCCUAAAUAUUCAGUUUAAUUCUAAAUGUGUUGCAUUAUCAUUUGCAAAUAAAUAUUUCAUUUAACUUUUUAAAUUUCAGCAAAUUAUUAAUAAACUUUUUCUAGUUCAAGUUUGAGUGCAGACCCUGAUUGAAUUUAUUGUUAUUUUGUACAUGUAUAGUGGUUCUUCAAUGAAAAUAAAAAUGUAAAUAUUACUCUUAAAUCUUUUUAUUUCAAUAUUAGCUAAUUUUACUAUCUCGAGUAGUAAGUACAGUUAGUUAGGGACAAUUGAAGUCAGCAGAAAAUAAUGAAGAAUUAUAAACAGUUUUGAAUGAAUUGAGAUUACAACCUAGCUAAUGUAAUUAUUACCCUCUCAUUUGUAUACUUUUCAAGCUACCCUUCUGCAUUUCUAUAAAUAGCUUUAACUCACUUUCUGUACAUAAAUUAAACCUACUUAAUGUAAAAUAAAGAAGUGUGUGUUCUAACAAUAUAUAAAUUUAAACGGAUUAUAUUAUUUAUAGUAAGAUAUUCAGUAAAGGUAUUUGUUAAUAUUAAGUACGUAAUUUAUAGUAGGAGAAAUGUAUUAAAGUAACAGUUUUAUUAGUAAAUUGCUUUUGUAUAGAAUAUUUAUAUACCUAGUGUGCUUUUGUAGGUUACUUAUAGAAGAAUUUUUUCAUUAAAGAUCUUGUGAGAUAGUAAUUGUUGUUUCAGUGUCUCGUAAUAUAUUUUUUAUCAUUACAAGUUCUGGUUUCUG